GCGCCCGCGCCCCCGCAGUGGGCGCCCACGCCGGAAGGCUCUGUGCCCACGCCCGGCACCUGGGGCGCUGGCCGCCUGCGGCAGCGCCCGGGCACCAGCGCAGGCGGCGGGGGGCCCGCGGGGGGCCGCGCCUCGACGCCCGGGGCGGCGCGGGUGGCGCAGCGGCGGGAGGAGGGCCUGCUCAGUCUGCCGCACCGGCUCUGGGAG